GGCGUUGGGGCAGCAGCCUCCUCCGUGGUGAGACAGAGCCCGCAGUGUCCCCAUACCCUAUGGUUUUUCUCGCCAGACCCUGGGAAUCUAGCGUCGCAAAAUAAACACGGCCCCGCCGCCGCUAAUCGCCAGCUCGGAAACAAAACAGCGCUGCGCUCGGGGAUCUGGGCAAAAUCAGCCCUCCCUCCUCCUCCUUCACCGCCGCCCUCCCUUCCUCGCGCUGCUCCGCUUGCUCAGCUCUGCUCAGCGCAGCGCAGCUCAGCAGCUGCCAAGCCGAGGCGGGCACCGUCUCCCAGUUGCCAGCGCCGGCUCUGAGCUCCGCUUCCCGCCCGGGCUCCGGCAAGGUCUCGCUUCUGCGGGGACCCCUUCGGGCGGGAGUCGCGUGGCGAAAGCCGGCGGCCGCGGCACAAAGUUGGGGGCCCGCGAGGAUGAGGCUGUCCCCGGCGUCCGUGAAGCUGAGCGGGAGUCCAGCGCUGCUGGCCCUGGCGCUGCCCCUGGCCGCGGCGCUGGCCUUCUCCGACGAGACGCUGGACAAAGUGCCCAAGUCAGAGGGCUACUGCAGCCGCAUCCUGCGCGUCCAGGGAACGCGGCGCGAGGGCUACACUGAGUUCAGCCUCCGCGUGGAGGGUGACCCCGACUUCUACAAGCCAGGAACCAGCUACCGUGUGACACUAUCAGCAGCCCCUCCCUCCUACUUCAGAGGAUUCACAUUAAUUGCCCUCAAAGAGAAUAGAGAGGGUGAUAAAGAGGAAGACCACGCUGGGACCUUCCAGAUCAUAGAUGAAGAAGAAACACAGUUUAUGAGUAAUUGUCCAGUUGCGGUCACGGAAAGCACCCCACGGAGGAGGACGCGGAUCCAGGUGUUCUGGAUAGCGCCACCUGCAGGAACAGGCUGUGUGAUUCUAAAGGCCAGCAUCGUACAAAAACGCAUCAUUUAUUUUCAAGAUGAGGGCUCUCUGACCAAGAAAGUUUGUGAGCAAGAUUCCACAUUUGAUGGGGUGACUGACAGACCAAUCUUAGACUGCUGCGCCUGUGGAACUGCCAAGUACAGACUCACAUUUUAUGGGAAUUGGUCCGAGAAGACACACCCAAAGGAUUACCCUCGUCGGGCCAAUCACUGGUCUGCAAUUAUUGGUGGAUCCCAUUCCAAGAACUAUGUCCUGUGGGAGUAUGGAGGAUAUGCGAGCGAAGGCGUCAAACAAGUUGCAGAAUUGGGCUCACCGGUGAAAAUGGAGGAGGAAAUUCGACAGCAGAGCGAUGAGGUCCUCACCGUCAUCAAGGCCAAAGCUCAGUGGCCAGCCUGGCAGCCUCUCAACGUGAGAGCAGCACCCUCGGCUGAAUUUUCCGUGGACAGGACGCGCCACUUAAUGUCUUUCCUGACCAUGAUGGGCCCCAGUCCCGACUGGAAUGUGGGCUUGUCCGCAGAGGAUCUGUGCACCAAAGAGUGCGGCUGGGUCCAGAAGGUGGUGCAGGACCUGAUUCCCUGGGAUGCCGGCACUGACAGUGGGGUGACCUAUGAGUCACCCAACAAGCCCACAAUUCCCCAGGAGAAGAUCCGGCCCCUGACUAGUCUGGACCAUCCUCAGAGUCCUUUUUACGAUCCAGAGGGCGGGUCCAUCACUCAAGUCGCCAGAGUUGUCAUCGAGAGAAUCGCCCGGAAGGGGGAACAGUGCAACAUUGUACCUGACAAUGUGGAUGAUAUUGUAGCAGACCUGGCUCCAGAAGAGAAAGAUGAAGAUGACACCCCCGAAACCUGCAUCUACUCCAACUGGUCCCCGUGGUCCGCCUGCAGCUCUUCCACCUGCGACAAAGGGAAGAGGAUGCGGCAGCGCAUGCUGAAGGCACAGCUGGAUCUCAGCGUCCCCUGCCCCGACACCCAGGACUUCCAGCCCUGCAUGGGCCCUGGGUGCAGCGACGAAGACGGCUCCACCUGCACCAUGUCCGAGUGGAUCACCUGGUCACCUUGCAGCAUCUCCUGUGGUACCGGCAUGCGGUCCCGUGAGAGGUAUGUGAAGCAGUUCCCAGAGGACGGCUCCGUGUGCACAUUGCCCACCGAGGAGACGGAGAAGUGCACCGUCAAUGAGGAAUGCUCUCCCAGCAGCUGCCUGAUGACCGAGUGGGGCGAGUGGGACGAGUGCAGUGCCACCUGUGGGAUGGGCAUGAAGAAGCGGCACCGCAUGGUCAAGAUGAGCCCGGCGGACGGUUCCAUGUGCAAGGCGGAGACGUCUCAGGCAGAGAAGUGCAUGAUGCCCGAGUGCCACACCAUCCCGUGCUUGCUGUCCCCGUGGUCCGAGUGGAGUGACUGCAGUGUGACCUGCGGGAAGGGCAUGCGGACCCGCCAGCGGAUGCUCAAGUCUCUGGCCGAACUCGGGGACUGUAACGAGGAGCUGGAGCAGGUGGAAAAGUGCAUGCUGCCCGAAUGCCCCAUUGACUGUGAGCUCACCGAGUGGUCCCAGUGGUCAGAAUGUAACAAGUCAUGUGGGAAAGGCCACAUGAUUCGAACCCGCAUGAUCCAAAUGGAGCCUCAGUUUGGAGGCGCGCCCUGCCCAGAGACUGUGCAGCGGAAAAAGUGCCGCAUCCGGAAGUGCCUCCGAAAUCCAUCCAUCCAGAAACUGCGCUGGAGGGAGGCCCGAGAGAGCCGGAGAAGUGAGCAGCUGAGGGAAGAGUCGGACGGGGAACAGUUUCCAGGCUGCAGGAUGCGCCCCUGGACGGCCUGGUCGGAAUGCACCAAACUGUGUGGAGGCGGGAUUCAGGAACGCUACAUGACUGUAAAGAAGAGGUUCAAAAGCUCCCAGUUUACCAGCUGCAAAGACAAGAAGGAGAUCAGAGCAUGCAAUGUCCAUCCAUGUUAACAAGGGCACACGUUCCCUAGGGCUACACUCUAGACCCCCCAGAGUCACCAAUGGUUGGAUUGUUUGUUUGCUUGUUUGUUUAAAGCAGUUUAAAUUGUGUACACUAGUUUUCAUUUCUGCAGUGCAGUAUGCCCAGUAGUUUUGGGGGUGCCAGGGACAUCCCUCUGUAUACUUUUUGGUGGCACAGAUGGUGGGGGGGGGGUCCCUCAUCCUCAGCUGGCCCUCCUCCAGCUCAAGAGAAUAAUGUCAGCCACCCAUACUGAGUAGAAGUGUGUCCCUCUGGAGCAUCCACCUGGGCUCCUCCACCUGGAGAGGCAGCUGUGUCUGCAGGUUAACUCUGCCUCUGUCCACGGUCCCCCCCACCCCCAUCAGGUGGAGGGCAGAUUCCCCUCGUUCUCAUCUGUGGCCUGCUUGCUCUUGCAGGAAACUGUUGUUUGCCCAUCUCUUCUCAUUUAGUGGAACUUUAGGGUCCUUGUUGAGUCUCCUCAGUCAUCAAUAGUUCUUGGGGAAAAUGGAGCUGGCAAACAGGAAGAGAAGUACUGAUGCUGGAUAGCUUUUCUUCUUUCACUGAGAAAUUGUGAAUGCAUGUAUGUCACCCCCUUAAUGUUGGUUCCUGAUGCCCCAAAGGAAAGAAAUGAUGGCUGCUUUAUUUGAAUGUCAGGUAACCAGUUCUUAUAUCUAAGGUAAAAGGUACUAAGUCUAGAAAUUAUUUUUCCCUUCUUUAGGGGGUUUUUGGACAAAAUUUUCUUAGGAAGCCAGCCUUAUGAACCUUCUGAUGCUAGAUCCUUACUAGAACCCAGGCAGCAAAACUGGCCUCUAUAUAUAGCAGUCCCAAACCUGAGUUUUUUAAAUCUUCUGACACAAGACUCUUAAGUUUUCAAGCCAGUAUCUACCAAGAAAACUUUUUUUUAGUUAUGCAAACAUUUUGCUGAGUCUGUCACCACAGCCCACCAAGCCAUUCCUUCAACAAAAAUACUAUGUCUGGACUUGAAAGAGUUUUUUUAAGUCAUAACAUUUUAUAUGUAGAGAGAAAAAGUAUUUCAGAGAUAAGACAAAUCUAGGGAGAAAGGAAUGUUACAUAAUCAAACUUGGCAGGAAAGUCUGUUGGGAAUUCAAACCUAUGUCAAGCCCCCACACCAGGGGUCUGGUUCUCUGACACAACCACAGGGAAGGUCAUGGUUUUCCACCCCUUCCGAGCACUCAUAAGCACACCAAAUUCAGGGAGACUAACUACCAAGGAUUAGUAUGUAAAAGGACAUUUUACCAAGUGGAGUCCCUCAGUUUACUCAACUCGUUCAUUGUUAAAAUUAUCAUUUCAUUUCUGUUGCAGGCCGCCUUUAUCAUGCUUAAUCCAAAUAUGUACCAUGGAAGAGAUGCAUACAAUGCUCUGAAUACACUACUUUUAAGAAUCUGCAUUAAACACAUCAGGAUAUUCCAAACACAACAUAUAUAUAUAUAUGUGUGUGUGCAUAUAUAUAUAUAUAUGCUAUAGCCUUGAAUCUGUACCAUUUUAACACAAGAGAGACUAUUCAAUAAAAAACUCAUUGGGUCUGUCUUUCGUGUUUUAGUUUUAAAACUCAGUAUUCAGAAGGUUGGGUCUUUUUACAGGUAUCCAUUUCAGUCAUUCAGAAAAAGAUAUGCCUUUUGCUCCCUCACUCUAGAGGGGCCACUAUUACCAUUCUUGAGCCUUUUGGAUGUUUGGGUUGUUCCCAACAUUAUUUUUUCAAUCCUUAACUGAACUGGCUUUCUCUUCCCACAAAGCAACACAAAAUAUAAAGAAAUAAGAGGUUUAAUUUUCUACUUGGACCAAAAAAGAGUCCUGAUACAGAAUCUGCUCACUUUUGCAAGGUUACUCUUAGCUAUCUAGAGGCAUCCUUCCUCCCAAACCAUGAAAAAUCAAAGUUCCAUACAAUGGCAAUUCCUAGGUAAGGACAUGCCACCCUAGUGUCUCAUGUUAUUUGGUCCCUACUGUGUACAUUUUUAAUCCUAAAUUUUGGAGACUUAAAACGAGGCAACUGGUUAACGGCUGAGAAUGGGUAACAUUUUUCUUGUUACAUUAGGUGGUUUUCUUUGGUUUUUCGUUUUUCGGUUUUGGAGGGUUUUUUUGUUUUUUUUUUUUUUUUUUUUGCUUGCAAGGGGGGAUUUAUAAAAAGCAUCAAAUCUCUUUCUUACCAAAGUCUUGGUUUAUAGUUUUUCUGGCUAACCAAUCAUUUUGGAAAUAAAGACUUUUUACUACAAAAAUGACAUCUGUUUGGACGUCCACUUAAGAGAGUAAACAGCUUAUAAGAUAGUAAAAAUUGCCAUAUAAAGAACAACCAUAGUUGUUGUGUAUAUUCUUAUCAAUGCCAAACCACUCAGACUCCAGUUUACAUCCACAUUUUAAGAUGACAGUAAGUUCAGAGAUAUAUCUCCCAACCAAACAUGGGGUCACUCACCUGUCAUCUUGUUAAUGCAUUAUUUGAAGGAUAUCUGUUGUAGCAAAUGAGAAUAAAGGCUGGGCUUCUUUAGACCCAGAAUUUAAAGAUUCUGUGCUGUUUUAAUUUGAACUUUGUGCAUUAAAUGUGUUUUAAGUGUA